GCCGACGGUACGCGCGCGGAAGUUCUGAGGCGUGGACCCAGUGGGUGUGCAGCCAGUGGGCUCCGGGCCAAGUGGUGGAAACCGUCAGUGUCCGACUCCUCCCAUUUCGGGUUCGCGUUAGGUAGGCCUGGACGUUAGAGGUCCUCCGUCCCGGCUGAAGCGAGGCGGGACUGUGUUUGCUGAGGUGAGGUCUAGUAAAUGGUGAAGUACUUCCCGGCCAGAGGGCACCUGGGGCCGUGAGGUCUCGGUGGCGUGCAGUGGGAGAGGAGUCCGACCCGCGGGGGAACCCAGCCUCGCCAACGGAGCGGGACGAGCGCAGCCCUCCGGUCUGGCGGGCGGCGUGGAAACCGCAGUCGAGCCGGUGUAACCGAGGCACGGCUGUGGUUGGCCCUCCCAACGGCUCUUUCGGCCCAGCACCCGGGAACGCGGCGGAGCUCUCGGCCGCGUGGAUCCCAGCCCUUGUCACCUCCCUUCUUUCACCCACGUGCAGUCCCGGGCUGGAGAAGGGACUGCGGGCGCACUGAGUUCUCAACCCGCAUUCCAGUCUCUUGUCACCCGAUGCACAUCUUCAUGUGAGGUGAUUCCUAAGCAGCUGGGGAUCCUGAGGCUGUAAAAGGGGCUGCGGGGAGUGGACUGCAGUCCAAAAUCCAGAAGCAGAAUUUGAUGGUUUAACCACUGACCCAUUUCACAGAAUGUUUCAUGCAUUCAUGGACCGAAAGAUGGAGUUGGUUUUUAUUUUUAAAAUGAUAUUGUCAGUGAUCUGAUACGACUAUAAGUAUUCACUUGAUGAAGAUGCAUGGACUUGUCAUUAAGUUGGACUAGUGAUCAUUUCUGAAAGUUUCUUCAACCACAAUUUCUAUUUGAAAAUUCAAGUAUCAAAGAAUAUUUGGUUUAGAGUGGUAUAAUGAUUCUCUGAGUACUGCAAAUUUCAUAGAGACCACAGUUGGAUUCCAGUUAUAUUCUACAAUCAAAGUGAUUCAGUUCUUUGAUAAAGUUAAUUUUGAAGAAUUUUGUUUGUAAACAACGCCAAAAGAUGGGAGAAAAAAAUGGUGAUGCAAAAACUUUCUGGAUGGAGCUAGAAGAUGAUGGGAAAGUGGAUUUCAUAUUUGAACAAGUGCAAAAUGUGCUGCAGUCACUGAAACAAAAGAUCAAAGAUGGAUCUGCCACAAAUAAAGAAUACAUCCAAGCAAUGAUUCUAGUGAAGGAAGCAACUAUAAAUAAUAAUUCAGCUUUGAUAAAGGAUCAUACGUCUGUGACCCAGAAUGCACAGGAAAACAAAUCAAGUUCAUUGCCCUCUACAUCACAUGAAGACUCCUUUCCAGAAGACUAUACCUCUCUAUCUACAGAAAAUAAGGCAAUUCCCCCUCUGGAAAAUAAAGUUGCAGACUUUAGAGAAAAAGAAUCAUCUUCAAAUUUAUCUUACCAAAAGCAUGACUGCUCUGGUGCCUGUCUGAUGAAAAUGCCACUUACCUUCAAGGGAGAAAACCCUCUGCAGCUACCAAUCAAAUGCCACUUCCAAAGACGACAUGCGAAGACAAACUCUCAUUCUUCAGCACUCCAUGUGAGUUAUAAAACCCCUUGUGGAAGGAGUCUACGAAACGUGGAGGAAGUUUUUCGUUACCUGCUUGAGACAGAGUGUAACUUUCUAUUUACAGAUAACUUUUCUUUCAAUACCUAUGUUCAGUUGACUCGGAAUUACCCAAAGCAAGAAGAAAUUGUUUCUGAUACGGAUAUUAGCAAUGGAGUGGAAUCGGUGCCCAUUUCUUUCUGUAAUGAAAUUGACAAUAGAAAGCUUCCACAUUUUAAGUACAGAAAGACUGUGUGUCCACGAGCAUAUUAUUUAAACAGCUUUUCCAACAUGUUUACUGAUUCAUGUGACUGUUCUGAGGGCUGCAUAGACAUAACAAAAUGUGCAUGUCUUCAACUGACAGCAAGGAAUGCCAAGACUUGCCCCUUGUCAAGUAGUAAAAUAACCACUGGAUAUAAAUAUAAAAGACUACAGAGACAGAUACCUACUGGCAUUUAUGAAUGCAGCCUGUUGUGCAAAUGUAAUCGACGAAUGUGUCAAAACCGAGUUGUCCAACAUGGACCUCAAGUGAGGCUACAAGUAUUCAAAACUGAGAAGAAGGGAUGGGGAGUACGCUGCCUAGAUGACAUUGACAGAGGGACGUUUGUUUGCAUUUAUUCAGGAAGAUUACUAAGCAGAUCUAACACUGAGAAACCUGAUGCUAUUGAUGAAAAUGGAAAAGAAGAGAAUAUUAUGAAAAAUAUGUUUUCAAAGAAGAGGAAAAUAGAAGUCACAGAUUGUGAGGUUGAAGUUAUCCCAUUAGAAUUGGAGACAUAUCCUAGAAGUGCUGUGACUGAGGAGUGUCCACCUAAGCUCCAUAAUAAUCCCAAAGAGCCUGUUCUAGAAAUGAAAUGUAACAGUAUUUCAAGAAUUCAGUAUCAUUCAGUCAUUAGAAGUCCUAAAACCAAGAUGGCCAGUAUUCAACACAACGGGAAAAAGAUGGGAUUUACUUCCUCAGAGUCUGUCACCUCAGAAGAUAAUGGUGGAUUUAAACCAACUCAAGUACAUCUGAACUCUAAAGCCAAGGAAAUGAGAGAGGACUCAAGCUCAAACCAAGUUGAAGAUUCUGAAGACAACCCUGUGAUUGAAUCAGAUGUGAUAGAUAUAACUAGAUGUAGAGAAGAAACUCCACCAGGGGGCAGAUGUCACCAAACAGUCACACUGGAUGAUCAGAAUGAGAUUCAAAUACAAAAGCCCCAAGAGGAAAAACCUCCAGCAUGUCAAAACCAGCAGGUCUUUUGUGAUAAAGAGUUACCAAGUGAAACCAAGAAUGCUUCAUCUGAUUCUCUAAAGAAGUUCAAUGAAGGGAAUGUGUUUUUAUUGGAUGCCACAAAAGAAGGAAAUGUGGGCCGCUUCCUUAAUCAUAGUUGUUGCCCAAAUCUUUUGGUACAGAAUGUUUUUGUAGAAACACAUGACAGAAAUUUUCCAUUGGUGACGUUCUUCACUAACAGGUAUGUGAAAGCAAGAACAGAACUAACAUGGGAUUAUGGUUAUGAAGCUGGGACUAUGCCUGAAAAAGAAAUAUUCUGCCAAUGUGGGGCUAAUAAGUGUAGGAAAAAAAUAUUAUAAAUCUGUAGCUAGUGCCUGUUCAUGUCAAGCUGAAAUUAGAGCCAUGCAAAAGAAACCCCAGUGGUCAGUGGAAUUAAUUUAGGUUAUGAUCCAUCAAGAGAAUUCCUCUCAGUUUACCCUUGUUGGGGGGUCCAUUUGCAUUACUUAGAAACGCUAGGAACAAAAUAAGGACAUUUUCAUAUGCAUAGGGUAUCUCUUUAUUCUUACUGCUGUUCAACUGUACAUGAGUAGGAUGGAAGUGUAUAUUUUAUAUGAAAUACUGCUAUAUAAUUUGUAACUUAUUUGUAAAUUAUAUAUUAAGAAAGACAAAUGGGGCUUCCCUGCUGGCACAGUGGUGAGAAUCUGCCUGCCAAUGCAGGGGACACGGGUUCGAGCCCUGGUCUGGGAAGAUCCCACAUGCCGCGGAGCAACUAGGCCCAUGAGCCACAACUACUGAGCCUGCGCAUCUGGAGCCUGUGCUCCGCAACAAGAGAGGCCGCGAUAGUGAGAGGCCCGCGGAUCGUGAUGAAGAGUGGCCCCCACUUGCCGCAACUAGAGAAAGCCCUCACACAGAAACGAAGACCCAACACAGCCAAAAAUAAAAAAUAAUAAUAAAUUAAAAAAAAAAAAAGGCAAAUGUCACAAUUGAUUUCAGCACUUCUUAUUGCUUUUGGAAUUAUCUUUGACUUUCAUGGCCCCAAAGGGCCAAAGCUCACAUCUUUACCUACAAAAUUUAUUUAUGUUUAAUUCCUGGCAAAUAAUUUACCGUUGUGAACCAUAAGGUGGUCAACAGAGCCUGAAGAAUCUGUCGAAAUUCACUUCAUGCAUAUUACUUCCAAGUAUUUUAAUGCUAGUUGGAGAAGCUGUAUCUGGCUCCAUGAAAGUGUCCCAUCAGUCCGUUUGAAUGAGAAGGGGGAGAAGCUCUCCUGUGGGGAAGGUUUUGGCACAGUCUUUGCCAUUCAGUUUCUUUUCCACAGAUUCUCUUCACUCCUUCCACAUAAACACAGACAGGAAAGGAGGGAAUAGAAACUUGGAGGAAUUAGAAUAUUUUUGUUCUAGAUAGAGUAGAGCCUUAAGAAAAGGAAACUUAGAAAAUAGUCAGACGUGGCUUAUUUAAGCCAGAAGAGAUUGUGCUGGGCAAGAAUUUCACUUAACAAAACAAAACAAUUCUACUGAACUGCAAAGUCUGAAACAGACCCUUGGACUGUCCUAGGCAUGAUGUGCAAAUUAUUUUCCUAGAGAAAAAGGGAAAGAGUUACUUUGCUCUAGGUUACCUAACCAUGAUUGUCUAGUGGAAAGAGGAUGAGAAUCUCCAAGAGUUAAAACUAAUUUUAUCUAUAACAAAGAUGUACAUUUGGCUGCCAGGAACUUCCCACUAGGAACCAGGGUGGGAAUACUAGCUCAAAAAGGAGUAAUUAAAAGUAGCUCUGGUUUUUGAGGGUUUUUUUUUCUUUUUUUUUUUUUGAUCUUGAUUCUGGGUUUAGUUUGGUUACCUUUCAAACAAAAAUCUCUUCUAAGUUUGGACCCGAUUAAUUUCUUUAAAAUAUUGAACUAAAUAAAAAUUUAACUUGAAAUUGGUUUAGAGAGUGGGAAACCAAAGAGCUAGGAAAGGGAGCAAAAAAUUAUAACCCAACAGCCUGUAGACAGAUGAGGAAAGUUGAGAAGUCCAUUUAUUCACAGUAAAGAUGCAGGAAUUUUAGGCAAUGCACUAAAAUAAAGUGAAGACACUUGAUAAGUAUGGAAAAUGUUUUUGUGCAGAAAUGGACAUCUUGAUCUGCUUCAUUCUGUACUGGUUCACAGCUGUCAUCUUCCGUCAGCGUCCUAGAGAUUCCCUUUGUCUUCCCUAUGUCAGGUCUGUUUCUAGUUAAAUCCCGUUAUUUCCCCUUGAUUUACUCCCACAUAUUGGUGAAGCACAUCCUCCAGUAGCUUUUGAAAGGGAAAAAUGAGAGGUGAAUAUUUUGAGCCCUUGUAUGUUUGAACAUGUUAUUUUACCCUUACACUUGAUUGCUAUUUUGGCAGGGUAUGGGUACUCAGAGUUCGUGAAUAGCUUCCAUACCCAAUUUUGAACACAUCUGCCACAUUCCAAUGUUGCUGCUUUGAAGUCUGAAAAUGUUCUCACCUCUGGCCUUCAGGGUGACUGUUGGAAGUCAGAUAAAGCCGUUCUUUAUCUUUUGUAUAUGUGGCCAGUUUUUUUUCAAGCUUAUAGCAUUCUCUUUGUUGCAAUGUUCUGUUCCCAGUAAGAGUCAAUUUUCAUACCUCAUACCAGGUGCUUGGUGGGAUCUUUCAAUCUGAAAACUUUGUUCUUCAGAGAAAUUUUCUUGAACUAUUUCUUUAAUGAAAUAGUUCUGUUGUCUGUUAUCUGUUGUCUCUUUCUAGAAUUCCUAUUUAUCUAGACAUUAGACCUCCAGGAUUGGUUCUCUCAUUUUCUUAUCUUUUCUCUUAAUUUCCAGCUUUGUCUUCUUGCUCUGCUUUCUGGGAGAUUUCCUCAACUUAAUCUUCCCAAUUUGUCUAUUGUGUUGGGUUUUCGUUUGGGGGGUUUUUGGGGGGUGGGGAUUGGGUUUUGUUUUGUUCUGGUUAGGUUUUUUUUUUGGUCUCAUUUUAAAUUUCUAGAGCUCUCUUCUCUGAAUGUUUUUUUUCUUCAAUAUCCUAUUUUUGGUUCAUGGUUGCAGUAUCUUAUCUCUUUGAAAAUACUAUUUAUAUAGUGUAACAUACAUACAGGCAUUCAUAUCUAUAUUUUCUUCUUCCUGAAUAUUCUGUGACCUGCAAGGUUUGUUUCUGUGUUUUCCCUGUAUGUGUCCUUUGGUCUUUGUCUUUCAUGUUUUAGGCUUUCCUCAGUUAGUGAUCUUGGCAGUCUGCUCAUUCUUUUUUUUUUUUUUUUUAAAUAGGGAUUUUUUUUUAACAUCUUUAUUGGAGUAUAAUUGCUUUACAAUGGUGUGUUAAUUUCUGCUGUAUAACAGAGUGAAUCAGCUAUACAUAUACAUGCAUCCCCAUAUCUCCUCCCUCUUGUGUCUCCCUCCCAUCCUCCCUAUCCCACCCCUCUAGGUGGACACAAAGCACCGAGCUGAUCUCCCUGUGCUAUGCAGCUGCUUCCCACUAGCUCUGUAUUCUACAUUUGGUAGUAUAUGUAUGUUCAUGCCACUCUCUCACUUCGUCCCAGCUUACCCUUCCCCCUUCCCAUGUCCUCAAGUCCAUUCUCUAUGUCUGCGUCUUUAUUCCUGUCCUGCCCCUAGGUUCUUCAGAACCAUUUUUUUUUAGAUUCCAUAUAUAUGUGUUAAGUCUGCUCAUUCUUAAGAGUGGAACACUGAAAAGCUGAGAUUAUAAACUGAGAGCGGGGUAAGUGUGACGGUCCAGCCACCGCAGGGGGUCUUUCAGGUCCCCACGGAGACAGGUAAGGGACUGAAUAGCACCGUGAGUAUGGGGUCAGAAGGACCAAGACAACUGAUGGUUGCAAGGCACUUUAUUUAGAAUCUACUGAAUCUUAUAUAGACAGAAGAGGAGCUCAUUAUUAGACAAUGAACCCAUAGAAUUGUUUAUCGUCUCAGUUCAGUCACUAUCAUGGACGUCAACAAGUUUACAACAACUAUCCUUGAACAUUAUCUUCCCUUAACCAGGCAGACACACAGCCCCCAGCCAUAAGGAACAACCAGGACUCUCAGUUCCCUGAGGUCUCUUGGCUUGAGAUAGCUUUGCUAAUCUCUUUUACAUUCCUCAGGCCUGGGAAAAAGAGUGCAUUCCAAGGUGAGGGCUUUGCUUUUUGUGAGAGACAUACUGUCUCCUCCAGGAGUUACCUCCGGCUAAGACUGCAUUCUUCCCACAGGUAAGGGGCUCUUCAGCUGCUUCACCUGACCUAGCUGAGCUAUUCAGUUUCUUAUCCAGUCUCUUUAGGACUUUCUGGCCUGGCAAGGAGUACUCUUCCAUCUUACUGCUUGAAAGCAAAAAAACUUUGCUGCCAGAGCGUGUUCUUUUCUCCCGUUCUGCAGCUCCACACUCUUGCUUCUGUAACGCAUUUGUGUUUGUCAAGACUAUCCAAGUUAUCCUUUUUAAUAUUGUUCUCUUUUCUGUCCCCAGUUUGCCUUUUUUCCUCUCUUUAAAAUCUGCUCAAAAAGCAAGACCUCCAGGAGUUUUCCUUUGAUUAGUUCCUCAGCAAACCACCAGCUAUUACAUGCUUCUUUUACAGAGCAACUUAUUUUUUAACUGUAAUUUAAUUAUAUGCGUUUGUGUUCUCUACAUGUGUAUUUGUUCCAUGCACCAAAAACCUUGUCUUGUAUGGUGCUGUGUACCCAAUGG